AUGCCUAGUGUUCGAAAUGGUUUGCGCGUCACGGCACGUUGCGCUGCGUCCUGUGCGUGCAACAAAAACGGCGCAAAGCGUCAGACAUUGUCGCACGCCGUCACUUCCUCUUCAACGGCCGGCUUCAAGACCAGGCAGGCAAAGGCAGUCUUUGUGAAGCGAGAGGCCCAGAAUGGCGCCAUGCGCAUGCAGCGCGGCGGCCCUGGUGACUCCCUCGACACCUUGGCUGUCUCUCGGCCAGUCGAUACUGCCAUGCCACAAAAACGCAAAAGCAUCUUGGCAUUCCUGGGCAACAAUGAUGAAUUAGACACAGAGCAGGCCGGGUGA